AAAAUGAGCUCAUCAAAUUCUAGUAGAUCUAAAAUUGAUUCAGCAACAUGGGAAAAGUUUUUCGAGGCUUGCUGUGAUAUACCUUCAGAAACGAGGAAGAAAUAUGCUUCAGCAUUUGUGAAGCAAAGGAUACAGCCGCAUUUGCUGCGUGAUUUGGGAAAGGAUGACCUUAAAGAACUGGGUAUUAGUGCGUUGGGAGAUCAGGUUAAUUUUUUUUUUAAUUUUUAUGGGGUAUGGGAAAACUGGCAGGGAAUUGGAUUAACGUGGAAAGUAUCCAGGCCUAACCGAGGCCGUUUGCUGUGUAGUAGCAGAGAUAUGGGCGGACUGAGAGGAAAACAUUUCGGAUUGAAUUUUCCAGAAUUUCGGAUUCGCUUUCGGUUCAAAAAAUCCAGAUUCUGAGUAACUCGUCCUAACCUUGGUGUGCAGCUAACGGCAAAUUGAUCGCAAACUAUAAUUUUAUCACAGGAAUAAUUUCUAAAA